AUGCGUCUGGAUGGGGUCCCAAAUAAUGCCAUUAAGGCUAUUAAUCCUGUCUUUUGUGUAAUACUGGGUCCAUUACUCCAGCGAUAUCUGUAUCCAGGGCUUCGACAGGCCAGGAUCCGAUUUGGACCUAUUGCACGGAUGACCCGAGCAUUCAUUGCAAUGAGCGGAUCAAUGGCCUUUGCCGCUGGAGUCCAGACAUCGAUUUAUUCCCGAGGUCCCUGUUACGAUGAACCUCUUGCCUGUGGAGCUGCUGAUGGUGGCACAGUAGGGAAUGAUAUCAGUGCUUGGGUGCAGAUACCGAUUUUCUUCUUCUUGGGGCUGGCUGAGAUUCUGGAAUUCACCACACUAGCUGAGUACAGCUAUUCUGAAGCGCCAACAAAUAUGCGGACUUUGGUACAAUCGUUGGUACAGGUGAACUCGGGUAUAGGCUCUGCCCUCGGCAUGGCUGUGUCUCCACUGUCCAAGGAUCUUUGGAUCCUAUAUCUCUACACGGGAUUGGCAGCGACAAUGAUUGCUGUGGCAUCAGUCUUUUGGGUGGUCUUCCACAGAUACGAUAGAAACCAUCAAUAG